AUGGGUUGUACACUAUCUAAAGAAGAGCGUGAUGCUCUUGAACAAAGUCGAAAUAUAGAUAAAAAACUUAAAGAAGAUGGAAUGCAAGCUGCAAAAGAUGUGAAACUACUUCUCUUAGGUGCCGGUGAAUCAGGAAAGAGCACAAUCGUCAAACAAAUGAAAAUUAUUCAUGAAGGUGGAUUUACACAAGAAGAUAAUAAACAGUAUAAACCGGUGGUUUAUAGUAAUACCAUUCAAUCGAUGGUUGCAAUUCUCAGAGCAAUGAACACUCUUGGAAUUCAAUUCGGUGAUAGUGAACAAGGAGCUGAAGAUGCUCGUAUUGUUUGUGAUGUUAUCCAAGCUAUGGAGGAUACAAAACCAUUUUCGGAAGAUUUACUCGAUGCAAUGAAACGAUUAUGGGCUGAUUCUGGUGUACAAGAAUGUUUUGCACGGUCAAAUGAAUAUCAAUUAAAUGAUUCGGCAAAAUAUUUUCUUGAUGAUUUGGAUCGUCUUGGUGCUAAAGAUUAUAUGCCAACCGAGCAAGAUAUUCUUAGAACUCGUGUUAAAACAACUGGUAUCGUGGAAGUACACUUUCAAUUUAAAAAUAUGAAUUUCAAACUUUUUGAUGUGGGUGGACAACGAUCGGAGCGUAAAAAAUGGAUUCAUUGCUUUGAAGAUGUGACAGCAAUUAUUUUCUGUGUUGCUAUGAGUGAAUAUGAUCAAGUGUUACAUGAAGAUGAGACAACAAAUCGUAUGCAAGAAUCAUUAAAAUUAUUCGAUUCAAUCUGUAAUAAUAAAUGGUUCACUGAUACAAGUAUUAUUUUAUUUUUAAAUAAAAAAGAUCUAUUCGAAGAGAAAAUCAAACGUUCCCCAUUGACUAUUUGUUUCCCAGAAUAUCCAGGUAAACAAACGUAUGAAGAAGCGGCUAUUUAUAUUCAAGCGUCAUUCGAAGCAAAAAACCGAUCACCUAAUAAAGAAAUCUAUUGUCAUCAAACAUGUGCCACUGAUACAAAUAAUAUUCAGUUUGUGUUCGAUGCUGUUACCGAUGUGAUUAUAGCAAAUAAUCUGAAAGGAUGUGGUUUGUAUUAA